AGGUUGCCCGAGUGUGCCGGUUGCAGACAGCACAUAUAUGAUGAACAGUAUCUACAGGCCCUCAACACUGACUGGCACUCGUUGUGUUUCAGUAUAAACCCCAAGAAGCAAAAUCACCAGUCUCCCAGGAAGUAAGCCAGUGGCGACAGUGGCAAGGAACCAAAACUCCACAAAACUCCAUGAAUAUGGAGGAAAAGACCUUGGGAGAGACCAGACUCAACCGGGAGAGCCAGUUCUCCUCUGACAUGUAGCACUGCUGCAACUUUAGAGAGAACGGAUACUGUGCUGUGAGUGCGGGGCAUCCCUGUCACACUGGUACUAUGAAAAGGACGGCCGUCUCUUCUGUAAGAAGGACUACUGGGCUAAAUUUGGAGAGUUGUGUCAUGGCUGUUCAGAGCCCAUCACCACUGGACUCAUCAUGGUUGCUGGAGAACAGAAGUACCACCCGGAAUGCUUCACAUGUCUGAACUGUCAAGCUUUUAUAGGCGAUGGAGACACAUACGCUCUGGUGGAGCGCUCCAAACUUUACUGUGGUCACUGUUAUUAUCAAACCAUCAUGACACCUGUCACCCUGACCGACUCUCCGUGCUCUAGGAUUCCUCACACAGUCACUCUGUUGUCCAUUCCCGCCUCCACCGAUGGCAAGCGUGGAUUCUCCGUGUCCAUCGAUCAAGGGCCGAGUCCCAACAGACACUGCUCCGACCACACUGUCAGAGUCACACAGGUGGAUUCUGAAUGCAUCAGUCCAGAUGUGAAGAACUCUAUUCAUGUCGGUGAUCGGAUCCUCGAGAUCAACGGCACCCCGAUUCAGAAUGUUCCUCUAGAUGAGAUUGAUUUGCUUAUUCAGGAAACCAGUCGAUUGCUGCAGCUAACUAUCGAACAUGAUCCACAUGACCUCGGGCGUCCUAUGGACCAGACCGAUGGUCCCAUGCCCCUGUCUGAAGGGUCCAGUCCCAUCACCCCCAUCACACGACCCCCGAGUCAGGACAUCAAUAACCUACGGUCACGCAUGAUCACGCGCAGCUACAGUAUUGACAAAUCCCCAAGCUCCAGUAACACGCCAUCACCAAUGUCUCUGAGGAAAGACAUCGGCCGUUCAGAGUCACUGCGAGUCAUGUCCAACCACAUGCACCGAAUAUUCAGAGCCUCCGACCUGAUCCAUGGAGAGGUGCUGGGGAAGGGCUGCUUCGGCCAGGCCAUAAAGGUGACUCACAGGGAGACAGGGGAGGUGAUGGUGAUGAAGGAGCUCAUUCGCUUUGAUGAAGAAACACAAAGGACCUUCCUUAAAGAGGUGAAAGUAAUGAGAUGUUUGGAUCAUCCUAAUGUCCUGAAGUUCAUCGGUGUCCUCUACAAAGACAAACGGCUCAACUUUAUUGCCGAAUACAUCAAAGGAGGAACGCUGAGAGAAAUAAUCAAGAAAAUGGAUAGCAGUUAUCCGUGGAAACAGAGAGUCAGUUUUGCCAAGGACAUCGCCUCUGGCAUGGCGUACCUGCACUCCAUGAACAUCAUCCAUCGAGAUCUCAACUCGCACAACUGUCUGGUCGGAGAGAACAACAGUGUGGUGGUGGCAGACUUCGGUCUGGCCCGGCUCAUGGUGGAAGAGAAAAGCCAGGACAAACUGACGUCCGGACAGGUGCCCAGUGUAAAGAAGGCGGACCGGAGGAAGAGAUACACUGUGGUGGGAAACCCGUACUGGAUGGCUCCUGAAAUGAUCCACGGAAAGAGCUAUGAUGAGAGGGUCGACAUCUUUUCCUUCGGCAUCAUACUGUGUGAGAUUAUAGGGCGAGUAAAUGCUGACCCUGACUAUUUGCCCCGGGCGAUGGAUUUUGGGCUGAACGUGAAGGGUUUUCUGGAUGACUUUUGCCCUGCCGACUGCCCGACCUCUUUCUUCCCCAUGGCGGCUCUGUGCUGUGACCUGGACGCUGAGAAAAGGCCUGCAUUCACUAAGCUGGAGGCGUGGUUGGAGAACCUGAACAUGCAUUUGGAAUUGGGUCUGCAUUUGGUGUCAGAGCUGAAACACAUUCACAGUGACUUCUGGCAGAAACAAUUACCCAGCAGCCGGAGUAACCCGUGAUCUCUGAUGAGCCCCUGAUGGUUUUCACAGAAGACCCUGUUGACAGAGGGCCAGCGGUCUCAUCUCAUGCCUAAACAUUCCCCUGAAGACUUUGAGGUCCACUCCAUUGCUGUGUUGAUGGGUCGACGGUCACAGACACCGUGCUGAUAGAAAUUCAGCCAUCAAAUCAUUUCACAACAUAUUGCUUGUGUGUCAAUACCAAACGGCAGUGCCAUGACAGUUUGGAUCUGUUACCAUAACAGUUUCAGUUGAAAGGCUUUCGCUGUCAACAUUGUGUUUACACAAAAGCUUUUCACUGUCAACUGUUGUUUACAGGCGUUUUAAGUGGCGCUCAUGUCCGUUGCAGAACCUCUGUGUUACAACAUCAGAAACUUAGUUGUGGUUCAUCCGUCCUAAUGCAUUCAAAAAUGCGUCUGAAAAUAGUCUUUGUUGUGGCUUAUUGUUUGACAUUCAUUAUAAUGGUACUGUUGUCUUUAGUGAACACAAUUACCGCAAUUGCAAGUUUCCAGUUCGUAAAAUAUUUUCAGGUCUUUGUCAAACUCCUUAUAACGAGAGCUUGUUGUAAAGGUCAGACUUCUGCCGCAUGAUAACUUGAACAGUCAAUCUAGUUUCAUCUCGUCAUUGUGAUUAGACACAAUUCAUUGAGUAUUUAGAACGCCUGUUUUAAAGCAUAGACAUUGUCUUUGCAUUCUCUACGUUAGGUAAAUUCAGUCUUAUCGUGAAAACCAACAGUGUUGGUUCUGGUAAUAUUCUACAUCUGUUCCCGCACGGUGAUGCCGGGCACGUUCUAGGGCUGUGCAAAAAUAUCGAUAAAGCAAACAUCACAAUAUUUUUUUCACGAUAUUCCAACCUCUUCUAUCGCUAGGCCUACGUAUUUUUUUAAUCAUGUACAUACGCCCAUUGUCUCAAAAACGGGUGUGCAUGGCGCUCCAGCAUUCAGAGCUGACAUGUGGGUGCACUUUAAAAAUAAGUCAGGAAGUAAUAAAUCUAAUGAAACAAAGUUUGUGGGUUACCACUCAGUCACAUGUCUAUUGUGAUGCAAUGUACUUUUAUUCUACACACUCGUUUGGCACUCUCGCAUGUCAGGGCCACUCUGUUUAUACUCAUUCUUACAGAAUACCCCAGGUGGUCCAAAGCAAGUUUUAAAUAAAAAAAAUGGUUGCAAUAUAUUGAAUAUUUAAUGCAUCACAAUAUUGGAUCGUGAACAUCUACCAUGAUGUCCUUGCCAAUACACAGCCCUAGCACGUUCCCUGGUGUAAAUUUCUAAAUGUAAUAUAUAUUGUAAAUGUUUGACAUAUUGUAUAUGUGCGGAAAUUAUUUUGUAUACAGAUCCCAUAUUAGCAUAUUUUUAAUUCGUACAUUUGCUAAAAGGCCCUCGCGUACAGGACCUGAGAAAGGUCACUUUAAAAUAAUGAACAUUUUAGUGGCUUUACAUUUGUGUCGACAACAAAGAAAAUGAAAUACACAUGUCUUAGGCAUUUACAGAUCUUUAGUGAUUAACUGAUCCUUUGACGAAGUGAAUCUCACAAAAACAUGUCUGUGCCAAAUAUUACGGUAAGGUAAAAUAACAUUUUUGCAUUUUCUGGCAAUGGAUGAAAUUUUGAAGUUUAACAGCUAUGAAAAUUGUCACAAUUGUCAAAAAAAAACAUGCUUUAGUUUCUUUCAUUUUGGACUGCAGUGUGACCUGGACAUGUUCCUCGCAGAUUUUGUGACUUUCACUUGAUCACUGUUACAAAUUUUCUGUGUUUUAUCAUUUUCUGCAGCUUAUUGUGAACCGUUGCAAAAAUGCUUUGGGAGCCCUCUUGUUUACACAACGCUACCGCCUGUAAAUAUCUUGCACAAAACGCUUCCCCUGCAUGCUUUUCCUUACUUUUUCCGGAGACAUGCUGCAUGGCGUCACUCGCUAAGUGUCGCACCCUCCACUCUAAGUCCAGCUAUCCUCUUAAGGAUGAGCAAAUGUUCUUAAUAAUAAAGAGAAACAGAGGAGGACUGCAAGGAAAGGAUGUCUAUAGAUGGAAGUCAAAGGCCAUUAAAAGAAAAAACAGCCUCUAUUUCUCAAUAGAACCACUAUUAUCUCUGUUAGAAAAUGAUUUUAUUUGCACUAUGUGAAGAAGGGGCUACCUCGGAAGCCUUUGCAUUUUUUUAUUACUCAGAACUGAGAUUUUUGUAAAUAUGAAUGCAAGUCACUGAUGGAGCCUUUUGUGAAGUUUGGCCCCACCUCCUGAGCAGAAAACCGAUAACAUGACAGACUGGAGAAUUAGCUAAUAUGAGUUGAUUUGAAUGUGUGCAUUGGCUUGGUUCAGAUUCAUGGGAUUAAUGGCCAUAUUUGCCACCUGCCCUCUCCCUUCUUUAGUUUAAAGAAUCACACGGCCUGAUCUUGCUCGUAUAUGGUGCCAAUAGUGGUACCUGUUAAAAAGCCAUGUCACGUGUCUAUUUUUGUCUGUAACCAAACAAAGACACUGUAAUAACAUCACACACAUUCAUUUCAGUAGCGUGUCUGUGUGUGAGAAAGGCUGCUCAGGAGUGUGGUCACACUGCUGCCUAUCAAGGGUUUUUUGUGAAAGUUGUCUUUACAUUCUAACUGUUAAAUCUUGUCAAGUAAGCUUGAAUGAAUCGCUGCUGGCCUGUACAGUAAAAGAGCACUUAAAUGAUGUAGUCUAGCUUUGAACAUUUAUAUGUCCAACUCAGGGCACCAGAACUGGUCAAGAAGAUCAUGGCAUUAGUGGAAAUCACAGUAGAAUGUGAUGACAGAUUUGUACAUGCAACAAGAGUUGAACAGUUCAUAAACAACGUGUUUGCCAUGUACCCUGAACUUUUGCGAAAAUGUCAUGCACGAUUCGGCAGACAUGAAUGAAUGCUGAAACAAUGGUUUUACCUCUAGACAUUGCUGUGCCUUUGUUUUAUGCUAGCCUUGCCAACGACUUUUAGUGCGUUUUGAGCCUGAGGAGUUGAUUUUGUUUUGUUUUUAUUGUCACUGCUUAGGCCUACAUGUUUUAAUGAGAAUUCCUUGUUUUUUUUAUAUAUUUAUAUUUUCCAUAUCUCCAUUGUCAAGUUGAAUAUUUCAGGUACACAGUUUUGUUUGUUUCCUGUAAUUUAAUGUUGUUAUUAAAGCUGUGAAAAUGACUCUGCACUUUAAACAUACUGGCUGUGAACGACCAACAUUCAAGAAGGCGACUGUAAUUCAGCACAGAAUAAAACUGAUGCUCCUGA